CUAGAAAUUUUGCGUGUUUAGACCUGCAGUUUACGCAGUUGUAGCGACGUGCUGGACACAUACGGUUAUCCAGUGUAAAAAAUGUCGUCAUCUGAAGAUGAAGCUGCAUGUGAAAAUGAUAGUAAGGUGCAGGCGCUGGACUUUAUAGCAAAUCAGGUCAGCAAAUAUCCAGAGAUCCUUAGUAAAUCACAGACGCCUGCAUCUAAGAAAAAGAAAGAGGAUGCGGUAAGAAAAAUAUUAGAAUUAUAUGAAAGUGUUAUGGGGCAGUCCAUAACAACCGUACAACUGAUGAAGAAAGUCAAUAAUAUGAAGGCACGCUUAAAGAAGAAGACCGAUGUAAGAAAAACCGGUAACAAGCCUGUUAAACUUCUUCCAUGGGAAAAAACCUUGUACGACGCCAUGGAUGGAGACUCAAAUCCAAGUGUGGCGAAAAUAGCAGGAGCAAGAUCAUAUGGCACGUCCUCACCCAAUACAUCCCCUUCUAAUUUGGAUCAAUCCGAAAAAAGAGCUACGACUGCUACUCCUCUGCCAAUGCCUCCACGUCGACAGCGAGCAGCAACUGCACCACCAGGCGAGACACAGGAAACUGAAAAGUUGUCCAACGUAGAGCUGCAACGGUUAGUUUUGCUAGAACAGCUACAGACUGCCCGAGUCCAAAGAGGGUAUUAUGAGAGAAAAUUGCAAAGGGAAGCCGUGCAAAUGGUACACGAAAACGGAAAUACGUAUGCGAACCUAUGAUGGCUGGGUUCUGAGAAGGGGCGGGAAAUUUUUACAGCAGUCAUAAAGGAUGCUUUCUCUGUUUUUUUUUUCUGGGACAU